CAAAAAUCAAAAGAUCGGAAUCGGAAUCUUUCCAAAAAGAUGAAAAAGAAAGAGAGGGAAAAAAAAAAAAGAAAAAGGGUUCCCUGGGGAUCGGAGGCUGGGCGGGCAAAGAGAGGGAGAUUCGUCUCUCUCACUCUUUCUCUCUUCUCGCCGUUCAUCCUUCUCCUUCCAUAAGCCCAUAUUUCCUCUCUUUUUUUUCAAUUCAAAUUUGCAGUUGAAUCAACUCCUCUCAUGCCCGAUUCCCUACUGUUUGAUCGUGUUCUUUAGCCCAUAAUUUUCCCACCACCACUAUGGUUUUCUUCAUCGAUUAGAAUCGCUCUUUCCUUCUUCUUCUUCUUUUGUUCUGAGUCCUAACCGAUGGGUCGUAAAGGAACUCAAGUUUUAGCCUAUAAGAGAGAUGGGUUUUUCUCCGUCUUCGAUUUGGGCUCCCAAUGGAGUAUCCAGGAAGGACACUUCCACCCUGGAGGCUUAUUCGCCAGUGUCGGUCAGAUGGGUGUCGGAUUCGGCAUCUCACCGAAUUCUUCAAAUUCGGAUGACACCAAUUCUCUGUACACCAAUUUGUGUAUGAAAUAUGUUCCUUCUGCUGAGGCUGUUAAUGUUGAGGAAACGUUUUUGAAGAAGAACAAGAACAAGAAGAAGGGUGGUUUUCAAUUGAGAAUUAAGGUUGAAAAUCCUUCACUGAGGAGGUUGAUAAGUGGUGCAAUUGCUGGAACAGUGUCAAACACUUGUGUGGCGCCAUUGGAGACCAUAAGGACUCAUUUAAUGGUGGGUAAUAGUGGCCAUUCUGUCACAGAGGUGUUCAAUGAUAUUAUGAAGAAUGAUGGGUGGAAGGGAUUGUUUAGGGGGAAUUUGGUCAAUGUUAUUCGGGUUGCACCCAGCAAAGCGAUUGAGCUUUUUGCUUUUGAUACAGUCAACAAGAACCUAUCGCCCAGACCAGGGGAGGAACCAAAAAUUCCAAUCCCUGCUUCAUUAGUUGCUGGAGCCUGUGCUGGAGUUAGUGCAACCCUCUGUACAUACCCCCUCGAGUUGCUCAAAACCCGAUUAACCAUACAGAGAGGCGUUUAUGAUGGUCUGGUAGAUGCUUUCAUAAAGAUACUUCAAGAGAAGGGGCCUGCAGAAUUCUAUAGAGGCCUUGCUCCUAGUUUGAUUGGAGUGAUUCCUUAUUCUGCCACCAAUUACUUUGCUUACGACACAUUGCGGAAAGCCUACCGGAAGGUCUUCAAGCAAGAAAAAAUUGGCAACAUUCAAACCCUUUUAAUAGGAUCAGCUGCUGGUGCCAUUUCGAGCAGUGCAACGUUCCCGCUGGAGGUAGCUCGCAAGCAGAUGCAAGUUGGGGUUCUCAGUGGAAGACAAGUCUACAAGAAUGUUAUUCAUGCGCUUAUAAGCAUAGUUGAAAGGGAAGGGAUUCGGGGCUUAUAUAGAGGGCUUGGCCCCAGCUGCAUCAAGCUAGUGCCUAAUGCAGGCAUUUCAUUCAUGUGUUAUGAAGCUUGCAAGAGGAUUCUUGUAGACAAAGAUGAUGAAAAUUAGAAGGUAAUUUUAACAUCAAACCUUAGCUAAAAAUUGGAGAAGAAUACCAAAACCCACCUCGGAUUUUUAUAUGCUUGAUUAAAUAGUAAAGUAAUGUUUGGUCGGUUAGUGGUUAGUGUUUGUUCUGCAUGACUCUCGAACGUUAUAGCUAAGGAGCGGAUUUCAGCUGUGGCAUGUCGAAUUUUGAAUCUUCCCAAUGCUGAGAAAGAGAACUUGCCUCAUGAUGUAAGAGAACUUUAGAAUGAGUUGCAUCGAUUUCUUUUCAUAAAACAAUGUAAAAAUAUGGUGAAAGUAUAUAUACUAAAUUUGUACUGUUCUUUAUU